AUGGAAGUCAGUGCUAGUUUCUACGCCUCGUCCACUCAAGUUCGCGUUCAGGAAUAUGAAGAACUUCUCACUCGCGGGUGGAGGAGAUCCGGUACUCUCUAUUACAAGCAAAAUCUAGAGCGACUGGAAGCAGCUGAAUAUAAGCCAAGAAAAGACCAGAGAAAGGCUCUCAACCGCUGGAAUAGGUUUGUUCUGGGCCAGGAAUAUAUUCGGAAUGCGGCGAUGCUUUGUCCGAAGACAAGACAGGAAGCUAAGUCUCGCAAGAACACCUUCGAUCUUAGGCAAAGAGUGCAUGAAGCGGAAUAUAGUCAGCUCCCGCGCCCAAUUAACCCGAAAACGAAGCUGCCCAUUGAGCCGGCCCAUAAAUUUGAAGUGAAAAUAGAGGCCGACUCACUAUCACUGGAGAACUAUGAUCCGGAUUACGAGCAAUGGGAAUUUGGAAAGCUGAGUGCCAUGAGGGAGCUUGCAAUGGCCAUCGAGGAAGGUUAUAAGUAUUACUACAUGGGGUUUUACAUACACUCUUGCCCCAAAAUGUUGUACAAGGCGGCGUUUCGACCGCAAUUCUUACUAGAUCCGGAGACACUUCUAUGGAACCCAUUGGAAUGUUACACCAAGAAGUUAGCAAGACGAAGAUACGUCUCCCUUUCCGAGAGUCACGAUUCGGAUCCAGAAAAGGAAAACGACGACUUCGUCCUGCCCAACGAAAACGAGAUGUCUCUAUUCGACAUUCGCAUGCCAGGAGUCAUGACGCUAAAGCAGCUGGAGGCGACCGUCGAUCUCGAUCACUGGCGCCUUCUCGUUCGCGGUACCUUGGUAGAUAUGGAUAAUUUAGUUGACUGGGACAUCUCGAAUAUCAAAGAACCUCAUUCCAUAAAAGGCAUUGUCGCCGAGCUGGCUGCUGCUCUGGGCCCAAAGGUUGUCCAGAAUUCCGCCGUCGUCUUGUUUCCCUCGUGA